AUGGCGGCCACGGGAGGAGGGAAAAUCAGAAGCAAGAGAUAUCACGUCGCCUCCAAACCUUACGCCAAGAGCAAGCAGUCGUCAGGCCUGAUCAGCCGAGUGACCGACACCGUCAAAAGCAUCGUUCCCUCGUGGCUGCAAAACUACUUCAAGAACGGAGAGCCUCCUGAAGGUGAAGCAGGAGGAGGAGGUGGAGGAGGAGAAGCAGCAGCAGCAGACGUGACCGAGAACUGCCAGCCGCCCCAACACGACGCUCUUCCUCCCAACGGCGGCAAAGAGGUGCCGCCCUUCCUCGAUGGACGCCACUCGCCCGAGCCCAGCACGAGUAUCUCUCCUUUUAAUAUGUAUUUUCUUCAUUCAGAGCCGUCAACCAGUCGGGCAUCCCUCAACUUUCAGGACGUUUUAUCCCGGCCUCCGCUCAGCCACUCCCACCUUCACUUCACGCCACUGGAGACCUCGUUGCCGACGUUGGCCGGUGCCAGCGGCCCUUUUUCACAGCCCUCCACCUCCUCGGCGCCGGGGCCCUUCUCCACCGGUUUCUCCCUCGUCAAGGAAAUCAAAGACAACCUGUCGCAGCACGAGGACGACAACAUCUCCACCACGAGCGGCUUCUCCUCACGCGCCUCUGAUAAAGACGUGCCUACAGCCAAGACGGCGUCGCUUCCGCAGCUUUGGUCGCCGGAGAUGGACAGAACCAUCUCGGUGCCGCAGCCCUCUCAGUCCAGUCUGAAAAGGCCCGCCUUCAACCUGUCCGUCUUUGGCACUUCUGCCAAUUCAACGCUCAACAGCACACUUUUGAACUCAAGCCAGCUUGGAGAUUCCCCCUUCUACCCCGGGAAGACCACGUACGGCGGCGCGGCUGCAGUACGAAGCGUCCGCAAUCGUCCCGGAACGCCGUACCAGGCCCCGGUGAGAAGGCAGAUUAAAGCCAAGCCGGCCGGCGCGCAACCCUGCGGGGUGACCAGCGCCACUGCCCGACGCAUCCUGCAGUCUUUGGAGCGCAUGUCCAGUCCUCUGGCAGAUGCCAAGAGGAUUCCAGCAGCAGCUUCAUCACUAUACUCAAGGUCAAUGGAGGGCAGUGAUCUUGACAUAUCACCUUUUCAGUCAAAAAAGAAACGGCUGGAUUCCAACCUCCCACCUGUGCAAAAGCUGGUGGUCCCCACCUCCGUUCCUCCCUCUGCGAACCGCUCAGUCUCUUUCAGGCCUAGUUUGACCCCGACAGGACCCAACCGGACUUUAGAGCGAACUCCCAGAAAUAAGCCUACAAGACAAUCACCUCUCCUGCCUGAUAGAACCCCAGUAGUUCCUUCACAAAGCACAACGGGGUCCGACAGACCUACCUAUCCUAUCUCAAGCACGCCCGCCGCCAACUCCGGAGGUGGCAAGAUGAAGAGAGAGCGGACGAGUGCGCGACCGUCCACCAAACGCGUUGAGGACGAUGAGGUUUCCGAGGUGCCCGACCUUCCCGCAAUUUCACUUCCCAUUAGCUCAGCGGCCUUGCCCACCUUCAGCUUCUCCUCGCCGCAACCCCCCGUCGUGCCGCAACCCCCCGUCGUGACGUCCCCUCGCAUCACCGUCAGUCCCGUCAAGGAAACGGUGACAAAUAAGGAGACCCCUGCUUCACCCCCUUGUGUACCCUUCACGUUCUCUUCGCCCAUUGUUAAAGCGACUCCUUCUAGUCCACCUAACUUCUCCCCAACAGCUGGCUUUACAUUCAGUGCCCCUGUAGCAAAACUUGGCCCUUCCAUGUCAAAUGGGAAGCUGGCCACGCCCAUAGCAACAGCAGCAAAAUUAACAACUAAUGCAAGCACAGAAGACUUUGACGGCCCUUUCAAACCAGCCAAAACACUGAAGCAGGGCAGCGUGCUGGACCUCCUCAAAUCACCCGGCUUUGCUUCUACAACUACGAAAAAGUCAUUAGAGACCUCCACGCAGUCCUCUACCCCGUCCUCCUCCACUACCACCACAAAUACCACCACUUCCGGUUCCUCCUCUACAAACCUCAGUGACUUAUUCAAAACCAACCCAGCGGGGACCUGCGACGCCUGCCUGGCCCAAAACAAGCCGUCAGACGCAAAGUGUGUGUGCAGUAAAGCCCCUCAAACCGGCGCCGAAACCAGAGACAAUAAAACAAGCGCCCCCUCCGCUCGGCAGCCAAAGAGCAGCACGAACGGCGCCCCUCUCAGCUCACUUUUUCCCAAACCGACGGCGACUUGGGAAUGCGACACGUGUAUGGUUUUCAACAAACCGGACGCCGUCAAGUGCGAGGCCUGCGAGACGGCCAGGCCCGGAACGGUGCUGAAGGUCUCUUCUUCUACACCUUCCGCCUUCUCUGCCGUGAAAACGCCGCACGCCGCCGCUGCGACGCCGUUCGCCGGAUUCGACAAGUUUAAAAAGCCAGAAGGCGCAUGGGACUGCGACGUGUGUAUGUUACAGAACAAGGCCGCCGAUACGAAAUGCGUGGCCUGCACGAGCGCUAAACCAGGAGCAUCGGCAGGAGCUCCCCCAGCCGCCAGCAGCACGCCUGUGUUCAGUUUCGGGGACAAGUUCAAGAAGCCCGAGAACUCUUGGGACUGCGACGUGUGUCUGCUGCAGAACAAAGGCACCGACGUCAAGUGCGUCGCCUGUCAGGCGGCUAAACCGGGAGCAGAGCUUAAAGGUAGUGAGGUGUAUUCUUCUUCUGGUGGUUUCACAUUCGGCACGUCAAACAGUACUUCAGAGUCAGCAUCUGGGGGUUUCAAGUUUGGAGUGCCCGCCUCGGCGUCGUCCUCCUCUUCAUCGGGAGGAUUUAAGUUCGGAGUGUCGUUCGGGAACACCUCAUCGGAAACCCCUUCCAAAGACGCUAAUACUUCAUUAGGGUUCAAGUUCAGCACCCCGUCAGAAGGCUUUAAAUUCGGAGUUUCCUCCAGCGAGGAAAAGAAGGCGGAGCAACCCGCGGCCGGAGCCGGAUUCAAGUUCGGAACUAGCGGAGGAAUUUCGUUCGGGACGAAAUCGGCCAGUACGGAAAGCGGUUCCUCCAAGAUGGGCUUCAGUUUCGGGCUUUCUAAAACUGAAGAGAAAACGUCAACAGCCCCGACUUCGACGUCCUCCGUAGCCACGCCUGUUUCCUCUGAAGAGAAGAGCAGCGACAACAGCGUGUCAACAGACUCUGCGACGACUGCCAGCUCUGUGUUCGGAACGUCCAACCCCGCGACCGCCAACCCUACGUUUGGUUCGUUACCCACCGAGAAAAAGCCCGCCGCCCCCACGUUUGCAUUCGGCAAAGCAGAGGAAGAGAAGAAGGAAGCGUCCGCCACUUCAGCGCCGUCCGCCUUCAUUUUUGGAGGUGCCAGUAAGGACGCCAACCCACCGCCUGCCAUUCCUGGGGGCUUUUCCUUCAGCAAGCCCACCGCUCCCGUGGAGCAGCCGCCGCCGCCAGCGGCUACUUUUGUGUUCGGGAAACCCGCUGACAAAGACGACGCUUCAAAUUCAAAAGCUGCAAAUUCCACUUUUGUGUUUGGACAAACUGCUGCAGCUUCCGAAGCUCCCCAGUUGCCGUUCUUUUUCAUGGGAAGCAACGCCACCACGACCAGCAGCACCUCGACCACCCCGACCCCUAGUCUCUUUGGAAACAGCAGCCAAGCGCCCGCCCCUCCUCCCGUUACAGUUCCCAGCACUUUCCUGUUCGGUCAAGCCGCCGCUGGCGCCAGUGACGGACCCCCGGCCAAAACCUUCGUCUUCGGGCAAAGUCAGGACGCCCCGCCGGCAGCGCCGGUCAACUCGGCUCAGGCAUCGCAACCCUUCAUCUUCGGGGCGACCGCCAACGCCGCACCUGUUGUCGCGCCUGCCGUCAAUUUUGGGGCGGCGGCGCCGUCGGCCACCCCCUCUGCAGCUCCAAACCCUUUUCUAGUCAGCUCAUCGAACGCCACCGACUUCGGCGCCAACCAGACGCCGGCGUUCGGAUCGUCCUUCGGCUCGCUGUUCCCGUCCGCCACUUCGCAGACGCCGGCGUUUGGCGCAAAAGCCGCCGCCGCGCCCGUCUUCGGUCAGCAGGCCAACUCCUCGCCAGCGUUUGGCGCCUCCGCCUCCAACUCGACACCAGGUGGAGGUUUUCAGUUCGGAGGAGCCAGCGGGUUCGGGUCUAGCAAUAGUACGCCGGUGUUCAAUUUCGGAGCAGGGGCGGCGGCGCCGGCCCAGGCACCUGUUGCCCCUAGUGGCGGCGAAUUCAAUUUUUCUCAACACCUUGCUUUCAAUAUUGGGUCGUCAAAAUCCUUCACAUCGUCACCCGGCGGGCAGCAAACGCCGAUCGCCGGACGCAAGAUCAAAAUGGCGGUGCGGCGUCGGAAAUAG